AAAAGUGGUGACUCUCGCCAAAUCGAAGAAGUUUCGGGAUCACCACGGGAAGGUUCUGCUGGAGGGUCACAGGCUGAUCAAGGAUGCCCUGGAAGCAGGAGCUGUGCCUCAGACCUUCUUCUUCAGCACCAUGGAGCACCUGAAGGAGCUGCCCCAGGCCAAGCUGAAGCAAGCCAGCUUAGUUAAGGUGAAAUUUGAAGACAUUAAGAGCUGGUCCGACCUCAUAACUCCUCGGGGGCUUAUAGGGAUCUUUUCCAAGCCUGACCAUGCCAAGAUGUCCUAUCCUGCUGCUCAGCUGACCAGCUCCUUGCCACUGCUCCUCAUCUGUGAUAAUAUCCGAGAUCCAGGAAACCUGGGGACUAUUCUGAGAUCUGCAGCAGGAGCAGGCUGUGAGAAAGUGCUGCUCACCAAAGGUUGUGUGGAUCCCUGGGAGCCAAAGGUGCUCCGGGCAGGCAUGGGGGCUCACUUCCGACUGCCCAUCAUUGCCAACCUGGACUGGGAAUCUGUUCCUAGCAACCUUCCUGCUGGUGUCCAGGUAUGCGUGGCUGACAACAAAGACCCAACAGGAGCUGAUGGGGCUGGCUCUGCUGACAGCCCAGAGGCCUCUGUGGAAUCCAAACCCAGAGCUGCUCCUGAGCAUGAGGAUGAAGAGGGAGAGGCGGGUGUCUGCAUCCCAGAGCUGCCUGCACAGUAUUACUACGAGAGCUGGACACAGACUCCGGUGGCAGUGGUGAUCGGUGGAGAGACCCACGGCCUGAGUCCCGACGCGCUUCACCUCGCAGCCAGCACGGGUGGGAAGAGACUGGUCAUUCCUGUGGUGCCAGGCGUGGACAGCCUGAACUCUGCUAUCGCUGCUGCUAUUGUGCUGUUUUUUUUUCAGCUGCUGCAGAGGCACAAGCAGGAAGAUGAAAGGCAGAAGUUCCCUGUAGUGGGCUGA